AUGAACGAAUCUUCUGAAAGAGAUUCCACCCGGCCACAAAUUAUUAGAUUUAGACUAACCAUGGAAAUCACUGAUCUAAAGGAAUCUGUUCUUUUCAUUACUAACCAAUACGAAUAUUUAAAAAAGGAUAUGCAAGAAAAAUUUAUAGAUGUAAAACAACUAAAAGAAGAAAAUGAUUGCCUAAAAUCAACAGUAAAAGACCUCAAUAGUCGCUUAAGCAUAAUGGAGCAGCAUUCAAGAAUGAGCAACCUAGAGAUACAAUGUGUUCCGGAACAUAGGACAGAAAAACCAGUGCGUACGGUAGUUGGGGCUAAUGCAAAGGAAUGUGCAUUACCGAAUGUAAACAAGCCUAGUAUGGCAGAAAUGGUACGUAAUGAAGGAGAAUAG